AUGGAUAGAAGAAAAAAAUAUCAGGCGCCAGUCUACCGAACUUGGAAUGCUUUAGCUUUAGGCCUGCCAAGCAAGCCAGGAGAGCCCGAACCUGAGGAACCAGAAAUUAAACAACCUACAAAAUCAUCCUGGAGAUCUCCACCAGGUGUACUUGUAAAAGAGGUUAUUGGCCAAAAGGCACCAAGUCAAAUCGCCGAAUGGAGAUAUUCCAACGCAGUCGCGCUCAACAAAGUUUCUGAUAUUGUUCCAAAGGAAAAAAAAUCUUAUGAAAUAUAUGAACCGAACAAAUGGAAUUCGGAACAGAAACAAUGGAAAGAGAAUUGGAACGCCUCAUCCGUUCGCGGCACACAUCAAAACAACUGGGAUUCCUCAUUACAACAAAACAAUUGGGAUUACCGUGUUGGCACGCAGCAAAAUAAUCCGAUCUACGAGCCAAAGGAAGGAAAUUCUAAUGCAAGGUCAAAGGUUUCCUUCGUCAAGCCACAACGUGAAAAUGAAAAUUGGAAUAUUGAACCACAGUCAAACAAUUUGCAGUCGAAACAUGAUAGCAGUUGGGAUCCCUCGGUGUCGGCCAAAAAAUCACAAAACAAUUGGAACGCGUCUGCGCAGCCGGAACAUCCUAGCAGUUGGGACUCCAUCAAACCACAAAACGACAAUGACAAUUGGAAUUCGGUGUUGGCCAAAAAGUCACAACACAAUUGGAACGCGUCUGCGCAGCCGGAACAUCCUAGCAGUCGGGACUCCAUCAAACCACAAAACGACAAUGACAAUUGGAAUUCGGUGUCAGCCAAAAAGUCACAAAACAAUUGGAACGCGUCUAUGCGGCCUGAACAAACUGGCUGGACACUGACCGAUGAGCCUAAAGAAAUCGAUUAUAUUUCGCCUGUCAUUAACUCAAAUCGGAGCAAUUUGGGCACCUUGUCUCAAAGCAAACAUGACGAAGAAAAAUUUAAUCAUAGAAUUCAAUCUGUCUCUCGCAAAGAUAUUUCACCAAAAACCAACCCCAUGGAUAACGUCCCCAAAUCAGAUGGAUCACGCCAAUCUCGAGAAGAUAUUACAAAAAUCAAAACCGGUACCGAAGAAACUCAAAUUCGAGGAAACGAAGUCAAAAUUGCUAUCUCUUCGUCUAUAGAUACAAAUAUGUCUAAAUUUGAUAGCAAAAAUUUAGGUGCUUCUGACGUUAAUAAAGAAUCAAAUGUUGGAGUUACAAAUCCGAUAAGUCCAACAAAGGCAAGUCCUCAAGUUGUUCGAUUCUCCGAAGACACUAAAAUCGAGCCAAAAGAAAACCCGGAUUAUUUGAAGUUGUUGGAUUGGUUGAAACGAUUGGCUGAGGAGUCCGGUCGUAACGCAAAAGAUUCAUCUACAACGGCACUUACUCAACCUCCAUCGAAACCAAAAGAUGAGAAAGUUCAAGAAAGUUCCGCUAAAGUCAAUUCAAUAGAACCUUUCCAAUCCCUUAUCGACGAAGAAAUCCUCUUUUAUGGUGAUGCAAAGAAUCAAGAAAAACACACUAAUACUAAUAAGACGAAGGAAUCUGCUUUUGGUUGGGGAACCGAGUCUAAGAACGAAGAAAAAUGGCCGAAUUUCAACCAGCCGUUAAUUGAAUCAGAUUCGAGUGACGAAGAAUCAAUCAAAUCGAAUUCUAGUACUAAGGAACCUCAGGCAAAUAUUAUUCAGAGAGAUUGUAUAGACAUCAUUAGUAUUAUUUUUGAUCAUACUUUAUCAAUUAAGCCCACAGUUAUUACACAAAAUCAAAAAAAGCCUCCAGAGAUCAAAAGCCCAUUACGAGCUACCAUUCAAAUUCCAGAAUCCAAAACAGUCGCGGCUUAUAUCUUCUACAAUAACACGUUCGUCAAAGAAAACUCUGUUCUCGUGGACCUAGACGACGACCAAUCAGCGUUAUCACCACCGAAAUAUCAAUCACCACCAAAAAAAGAAUCGGAAGAGGUUCUUCAAGAACUAGCAAAGCUGGAUUGGAAGCAAUUUCUCCCAAUUCCUGAUCCGAAUAGCAUUAAAUGGGCGAAGCCGACCGAUCGAGAACAGAAACAAAAGAAGAAGGAAGUACGUACUCAAACCUUUUCUCGAUCAUUUGGGCCUGAUUUAGUUUUAAUUUGUAAUGUACUUCAAAUCUCGUAA